AUGUUCGAACUUGAAGAUCACGGAAAUUAUGGAAAUUCGAACGGCAUAGGUGCAUCGAGCGUGACCAAUAUUUCUGACAGUUUCCAGCUUCCACUUGAGAGACGAGUUCAAUAUCAUGAACAUUUGAGACCAGUGUGCUUACCAACUGCUGCCACUACUCUUACACCUGGUACAAUUUGUACUGUCAUUGGUUGGGGCAAGAAAAACGAUACUGAUUCCUCUGAAUAUGAGCCAGCUGUAAAUGAAGUUGAAGUUCCUAUUUUGAAUCGACAGACUUGCAACUUGUGGUUAGCGCAUAAAGAAUUGAAUGUCACCGAUGGGAUGAUCUGUGCCGGUUACUCAAAAGGAGGAAAAGAUGCAUGCCAAGGUGAUUCUGGAGGACCUCUGCUAUGCCAGGAUAAGCAUGAUGAGGAGAGAUGGUUUGUCGGCGGAAUUGUCAGCUGGGGCAUAAAAUGCGCCCACCCAAAACUGCCCGGAGUCUACGCUUAUGUGCCGAAGUACGUAUCGUGGAUCCAAGAAGAAAUGUCUAAGUAUUCCGACGAUAAUAACAAUAAGAACAAUGAGAAAACGCAAGUUACCCAGGCAGGUAAAAUAUUCGGUAUUAAAACCGAUAACAUCGAAAUAGAUUGAGCGGAAAUGGAGGAAAAACAUAGAAGAGGACGUAAAAUGUCUAAAAACUUUCGUAUUUACAUAAUAUUUAUUGGAAGCGGAAGAUACAUAUCCGAAAGAAGUUACGGAUUUCCGAUCUGCUAAUCUGCGCUUAGCGAUUUCUGUAUUUCAAUUAAAUGGUAGUAUUUUUAUACACACACACACACAC